GGACGGUGAUAAAUGAGCAAGAGGGAAGGGGGAUUUUCUCCUGACUUGAUGAAGCCCCUGCGGACGGGCUCUUUGUCGUUUUUGGUCAAAUCCGGAUAAUCGUGAUAUAUGCCACCUUGAGGAAAUACAAAUAUCAUCUUUAUCCUCGCUUCCAUGCGGUCCUCAUCACCAAAGGCAAACCUCAUCCACCGCGCUAUUUGUGCUUGUGGGACCGGUAGCAUCACGAAACAAGUAGUCUAGGUUUUUCGAAAUAGAAGCCAUGUUUAGUAUCUGCGAAACUCUACUGUGUUGCUGUUGACUUUGAUGAGGGUAAGACACAUACCAUGGAGGCAAAAAUCGAAGCUUUGAAGAAGGAGUACGCCCGGGAAAGACGUCGAAGAAAGCAGUGCGAAGCAGAAAUUCGCUGGAUUCAAUAUGGCCCGCUAAUCUGUGAUAAAUUUAGGAAGUGUAACAAAAAACAAGCUGCAUCCACAUUGUUUUCAGGAGUUGUAGUACCAUUUGCAUGUUAAGCAUUGACAAGUGCUGUACCGCAUACAAACACAUUUUCAUCCGCUGCAUCAACCGCAUUUCCACCACACACGAUGUGCUCUUUCUUGCGCGUCGCGAGAAAGGUUGAUUUCAAGGUCUUUCUAGAGAGUGUCACAGCUGGUGACCGUUCCAUAAUCAGUCCAAUCUGAAGUCGAAUUUAAACGAGGAAAGCUUGACGCAAUUGGACCACAGCUGUUCCUUCAAGCGGCUCGGUGGCGAAUGUAUGUCGGCGAACAGACGGAGUUUUUCAAAGUGGAAGGGCGUAUUUUUUUCGUGCGCGAAAUCUGUUGUAUCAAACAAUCUGCAGCAGAACCGGUGCAGCGAGCUGAGUGUGAAUUGCACACGACGUGAAUGGUUGAUUUGUUUCGAUGCGCGAAAAACAAGCAGGGGCAAAUCAAUAAUGCAGAAAGCCCAGCAGAUGCAUAGUCAUUGAAAAUCAAUUUUGUUCGCGCGCGCGAUGAGAAGUCAAAGCAGCUUCUGCGUAGCACCUUCAUUUCCUGGAAUCAGUUAAGUACGCUUCUGCGGCCGCCGCGUUUGCGCACUUGAAAUUCCCUCCACUUUGCAAAAUUUUGUGUGCCGCUGGGAUAAUGUUCGGCGAGUGGCAGCGGAAGCUCGCCAUCGCGCGUGCGAUCCACGAUCAAGCUGAGCAGGAGGCGCCCCCACCAGAGAAAGUUGAGUACGACGGCAGCCGCGCCCGGCAGACUUUCGAGAAGACCAAGCAAGAUUUCCAUGACAAUCGCUACCUGAAUCGAGAAACCUUUCGCUUUUGCUAA